GAGCAGCUGCUCCCGGAGCUCACGGGGCUGCUGAGCCUCCUGGACCAGGAGCUCCUCAGUGACAGCGCCUUGCAGAAGAAGAUGGCGGUGGCGUCCAUCCUGCAGAGCCUGCAGCCCCUGCCAGCCAAGGAAGCCUCCGGCCUGUACGCCAACCUGCACUCGGGGCCCAGCUUCGUGGAGUCUCUCUUCGAGGAGUUCGACUGCGCCCUGGGCGACCUCCAGGACUUGGCAGAGGAUGACCGCGAGCCCAGCCCGAGAGCCAGCCCCGAGCCGGAGCCCACGGGGAGCCCCGCCCUGCGGAGCGCAGAGGACCUCCCUCCACCCCUGCCCAACAAGCCUCCCCCCGAGGACUACUACGAGGAGGCCCUUCCCCUGGGUCCCGGGAAGUCCCCCGAGUACAUCAGCUCCCACGACGGCUGCGGCCCCGCCCUCUCGCUCAUGGACGGCUACUACGAAGACGCCGACGGCAGCUACCCCACCACCCGGAUGAACGGAGAGCUGAAGAGCUCCUACAACGACUCGGACGCCGUGAGCAGCUCCUACGAGUCGUACGACGAGGAGGAGGAGGAGGAGGAGGGGAAGGGGCGGCGGCCGCGGCUGCAGUGGCCCUCGGAGGAGGCCUCGCUGCGUCUGGUGCGCGGCUGCCGGCUCUGCGCCUUCCUGCUGCGCAAGAGGCGCUUCGGGCCCUGGGCCAAGCAGCUGACGCUCAUCAGGGACGACCAGCUCCUGUGCUACAAGAGCUCCAAGGACCGGCAGCCGGCGCUGCGGCUGGCGCUGGGCGCGUGCGCGGUGGUCUACGCACCCAAGGACGGCCGGCGCAAGCGGCACGAGCUGCGCUUCUCCCAGGGCGCCGCCGAGGUGCUGGUGCUGGCGCUGCAGAGCCGCGAGCAGGCCGAGGAGUGGCUGAAGGUCAUCGGAGAAGUCAGCCGGAGCGCCCGGGGAGCCGAGGCAGCGGACGCCCCCAGGUCCCCCGUCCUCCCGUGCAAGCCGCAGGUGGACAAGAGGCUGUCCCAGGAGAAGCAGGCGUCGGACUCGGACAGCCUGGGCGUGGGCGACGGCGGCUCCACCCUGGGCCGCCGCGAAGCCGGGGAACCAGGUAAAGGGAAGAAGAGCGGCCUGGCCGAGCUGAAGGGCUCCGUGAGCCGGGCGGCGGGCCGCAAGAUCAACCGCAUCAUCAGCUUCUCCAAGAAGAAGGCGCAGGCCGAGGACCCGCAGACGUCCUCCCCCGCCUCCUCCACCGAGGACGAGGUGCCCUGCUGCGGCUAUCUGAACGUGCUGGCGGCGCAGGGCUGGAGGCAGCGCUGGUGCCGCGUGGGGCGGGGCACGCUGUUCUUCCACAGGGACCGCGCCGACCUGCGCACGCACGUGAACGCCGUCGCGCUGCGCGGCUGCCGGCUGGCGCCCGGCUUCGGCCCGCGCCACCCCUUCGCCUUCAGGCUCCUGCGCCACGGGCAGGCAGUGGCCGUGCUGGAGGCAAGCUCCUCUGAAGACAUGGGCCGCUGGCUCGGGCUGCUGCUGGCGGAGAUGGGCUCCAGGGUCACCCCGGAGGCGCUGCACUACGACUACGUGGACGUGGACACCUUGACCAGCAUCGUCAGUGCCGGACGCAACUCCUUCCUCUACGCCAGGUCGUGCCAGGACCAGUGGGCGGAGCCCCGCGUCUAUGACGACGUUCCCUACGAGAAGGACGAGGAGGAGCCGCCCAGGCCCCCCGGAGCCCCGGUGAAGCGCCACGCCUCCUCCUGCACCGAGAAGCCCACCCGCGCGGACCCCCAGGUCACCGUCAAACGCCACGCCUCCAGUGCCAACCAGUCCAAGUACGGGAAGACCCGGGCGGAGGAGGACGCGCGGCGGUACCUGGUGGAGAAAGAGAAGCUGGAGCAGGAGAAGGAGACGAUUCGGACGGAGCUGCUGGCGCUGCGGCAGGAGCGGCGGGAGCUGCGGGAGGCCCUGCGGAGCGGCCCAGGGGCGAGGCUGAAGGCCCUGGAGGAGGCCGUGGCCGGCCUGGAGGCCCAGUGCCGGGCGAGGGAGGAGCGGCGGAUCGACCUGGAGCUGAAGCUGGUGGCGGUGAAGGAGCGCUUGCAGCAGUCCCUGGCGGGGGGCCCGGCCCUGGGGCUGGCGGUGGGCGGCAGGGGCAGGAGGAAGGAAUGGGAAAUGAAGAAGACUUAGAAAACACACAACAAUUCCGUUCCAAAAGAAGAAAUCAGCUUGUCCACCUCAGGCGGAAAAGCUUCUUUCAGAUACCAGAAGACUGGAAGUAUCCUCCUCUCUGGA